AUCAGUUUAGCACAAUCUUCAUUUCUGUCUAGUCGCAAAUUUUUGAUAAGUUUAAAAAUAAAUAUGGUAUACGGUAUAGAAAAUCAUGGGAUGUCAUAUCAGACAUCCACACCAGCUUGCAUAAGAAGAGAUGAUUAUAGUGGAGUGACAUGUGAGAAUUUCAAUAGUGCUAAUUUAAUUCAUCCGCAAAUAUCGACGACAACUAAUUCUACGAGUGGGAGGAAAAGGAACUCAAAUAAUUUAAUAUCGGCUGAUGGAUGCAAUAUCGAUUUGAGUGGAUUAACAAGGGAGGAAAGAAGAAGAAGACGACGGGCAACGCAAAAAUAUCGAACUGCUCAUGCGACACGAGAAAGAAUUCGAGUGGAAGCAUUUAAUGUGGCUUUUUCAGACCUAAGAAAACUGCUUCCGACAUUGCCACCGGAUAAAAAGCUAUCAAAAAUCGAAAUUCUUAAAUUAGCUAUUUGCUAUAUUUCAUAUCUGAAUCACGUAUUAGAAGCUCCUUGACAAGACGAUAAUUGUUAAUUCCUUUCCAUUGGAUUUUAUUCAUUUGAGUUAACUUUGUGUACUUAAGUAUUUAUUGAUUAAAAAAUUAUUUGUAUGUGCUACGAUGACUUACUCUUUAUGAGUUUUUUGGGGAGAGAAUCGACAAAGGACCCAUCUGCUAUCCCCGUAAUUUGUGGAAAAUUGUUAUGGCAGUAUAAAAAGUGCACCUGAGGACAUUGGAAUGAAUUGAUUGUGUGUGUUGAGAGAAGUGGAAAUGUUCCAUACGUAAAAUAUUAAUGUCUUUAAAGAAGUUGAAAUUUAUAAGUUUAAGAACUUUUAAAUCUGCGCAGAAAUAGAUAUCUUGACAAAUCUAAAGAUUCUAAUAAAAGUCAUACAUCUG